AUGCCGUCCGCCGCCUCCCCUCAAAAGCAGACGUCGAGCGCGAAGAGCGCGCGCUCUUCGGCAAGAGACGAAGACCAGGAUGAGAUCGGGCCCGAGGAGGGGAUGAACGCGCGUGGCUUCGGAUCCCCGCACGGCAUUCAGCGCCGUCGUGGUGCCAUCAAGCAUGCAAAGGUCCACGAAAUUCGGGGUCACCAAUUUGUGGCCACGUUCUUCCGGCAGUUCACCUUCUGCCAGUUCUGCUCCGAUUUUAUGUGGGGUCUGAACAAGCAGGGCUAUCAAUGCCAACUGUGCUCGGCCUCCGUCCACAAGAAAUGUCACGACAAAUUGUUGACACAAUGCCCCGGAUCGGCCAAGAAUACAAAGGAGACUAUGGUAGGCAAAGAGGGGCAGGCUAGCCAAGAUCUU